CGGAAGAAACGGCUCUGAUCUUUGGCGUCCACUCGGCGAUAUUUUGAGGUGACACCAUUUCAAAAUGGCGUCCAAGGCGCGGGACAAGCCGGUGUGUCAAAUAUUUUCCUUUCAGGACUUGAAAACCUUUCCAGACCCAUUUUUUGACGUCCCAUCCGAGUGCCUGAGCUGUGGUCCGGCCCCGGUUCUGAUCGAUAACGGUUCGUACCAGACGCGGGCCGGCUGGGCGGCGCGCUGCGCGGGUCCGCGGCUGAUCUUCCGGUCGGUGGCGGCGCGCAGCAGAGGAGCCGCACGCAGCGACGCGCACAUCGGGAACGACAUCUCCAACCUGGAGCCGCUCAGAUGGCUCCUGAAGAGCCAGUUCGACCGGAACGUGGUGGUCAACUUCGAGAUCCAGGAACUGAUCUUCGAUUACGUGUUCUCACACUUGGGCAUCGCCUCAGAGGGCAGCAUGGAACAUCCCAUCGUGCUGACUGAAGUUCCCUGCAACCCGCUGCACUGUCGGCAGAUGAUGUCAGAGUUGUUGUUUGAGUGCUAUCGUGUCCCAUACGUCUCAUAUGGCGUGGACAGCUUGUACAGUUUCUACCACAAUAACAGUCAGAGGAACUUGCAGCCACCAUACUCUGGCAUCAUUCUGUCAUCAGGGUACCACUGCUCGCACGUUCUUCCAGUGGUCAACGGCAGGUUGGAUGCGGUAAAUUGUAAGCGUGUGAACGUUGCUGGAAGCCAGGCUGCGUCUUACCUGCAGCGCCUCCUCCAGCUGAAGUACCCGGGUCACCUCGCUGCCAUCACCCUGACUCGUAUGGAGGAGCUGCUACAUGAGCACAGCUACACUGCUGCAGAUUAUCAUGAAGAGUUGGAAAAAUGGCGCAGCCCUGAGUUUUAUGAGCGGGAGGUUCAUCGGCUGCAGCUUCCUUUUUCGGGAAAAGUGUCUGGUUUUGGUGCAAGUGUGGAGGAGAGGCAGGAGAGACAAGCUCAGCAGCUUCGACGGCUGCAGGAGAUCAAUGCACGACGCCGGGUGCAGAAACUGCAGCAGGACCAGGAGAGACUCGACAGACUGAUGGCAGUGCAGGAGCUGAGGGAGGACGGCCUGUUGGAUCAGUUUCAUAAGAGUUUGGUGGAGCUGAACAUGGACUCAGCUGAGGAGCUACAGUCAUACAUCAACAAACUGCAGCUGACUGUGGAGCAGAACCGACACAAGCUACUGCACAGUGAUACAGCAGAAGGAAGAUCAGAGGCGUCUGAGCUGGAGCAGCCGAUGGAUGAGGGUGAUGGCAUUACACUGAUGGAUCCUGACUUCCCAAUGGAUGCCUUGCCGGAAAAACCCGCUAAUGUGGCUCAGCCGGUGUUCAACAUGGCGGAGUAUCACCAGCUGUUUGUGGGAACAGAGCGUCUGCGAUGCCCAGAGAUCUUGUUCCAGCCUUCAUUGAUUGGUGAGGACCAAAUGGGACUGAUUGAAACACUACAGUAUGUUCUGGCCAGAUACACUCCCGAGCAGCAGGAGGUGCUGGUGAGCAAUGUGUUUCUGACAGGGGGGAACAUGCAGUACCCAGGCAUGAAGGAGAGAAUAGAGAGAGAGCUGCUGGCUAUCCGGCCUUUUCAGUCACAUUUCAAGGUGUCCCUGGCAUCGCGGCCGGCUCUGGAUGCCUGGUUUGGUGCAAGAGACUGGGCCCUGGAGCAUCCGCCUGGAGACGUGGUGGAGGGAUGGAUCAGCAGACGCGAUUAUGAGGAGAAAGGAGGAGAGUACCUGAGUGAGCACGGCGCCUCGAACAUCUUCAUUCCCAUGAAGAUUGUCAAACCUACUCCCGUCCGUGCCGUUGAUUUGCCCUCCGCCGCGCUGGUAUCCACAGCUGUGUCUGCGCCGCCUGUGUCAGACUCUGUUUCUGCUGUCGAUAUUUCUAUGUUUAUGUACUGAAAGUUAAAAUGCUGAUCAUCAUCUGUUCUGGUUUUUACACCAACAUGCAAAUGCACAUGUCGAGUUUUGUUUUUAGUUCUGUCUGUGUCAAUCAAUCAAUCAAUCAAUUUUUUUUAUAUAG